AUGGUGCUGGUGCUGGUGGUGCACAGCCUGGAGGCCGUCUCCGCGACGGUGCCGAUCUGCAUGAUCGCCCUCAAAGAGGCCGUGGACCGGAGGGCCCUGCCCGAAGAUCUCAAGAUAAGACAGGUGGUGCCGACGGGUGGCCUGCGGUGCGUGAGCCUCUGGGAUGUCACCGACAAGGACGCGCUGCAGGCGUGGAUGGAGGAGAACCUGGGCCCAGAUGUGAAGCACGAGAUAUUGGACGUCGCGGAAGACUUCACUUAUGGGCUGGCUGCUGAACUGCAGCGAAUCAGGACAGCAGAAAAGAUCGCUGCUCAGAGCAGGAAGACUGCAGGAACGGUGGCUGAAAAGACGAAAGCCACUUUCCGAGCUGCUGGCCACAAGCUUGAGGAACUGGACACGAAGUGGAAGGUGUCAGAAAACACCACUGCAGCAUUUCAGACCGCGAAGGAGACAGGUGCUGCCGUGUUCACCCGCAUCGGAAGCUCGGUGACACAAACAAAAGAAAAGGCCUUGGAGAACCCCAAGGUGGCUGCGACAGCCAACACCAUUGGCACUGGGCUUCAAACUGGAUGGAAAAGGAUUGGCGUGGGUUUUGAGUCGGCUAGGGGCCAAGUCAGCAGGCUGCUCGGUGGUGGCCACAACCUCAGGCGAACUGCCAGCUCUGGCGAUGCCCCAACCAUGCCUCGGCCGGAUCACGAAGGGCUCGAUGGGGCUGCUGCUGAGAGCAAGAGCCCCGCAAAGGGCGACAGCAGUGCACCUGCCAAGGACGCCCUGCCAGGAGGGAAGGAGGGGAAGGGAGAUGGGGUGAAUGGCCCCCAGCCUGCUGUGGACGACGGAGCCGUGUUCUCCUUGGGCGAUGAAGGCGACGACGUCACCCCCAGGACAAACCCCCCGGCGACUUCCUGA